GGGGGCUGAUGGGGCCUGCGCCUUUAAGAGCCAGGUCUGUCUCCUUGCGGUCCGGUCUAUGCGGUAACUGGACCAGACAGGUGGAGGUCGGAUAAUGGGCUGGGACUGGAGGGAUACCGCACUUUAAGAGAGCUCGGGGGCGUGGCUAGGUGGUGCCCCUCCCAGGGGCGGGGUCCCGGCAUGGCCCCUCCCACAGCCUCUUUCUUUCAUUGAUGUUGACUUGAGCUCGCGUCCAGGUGGGCUUCGCUCGGGCGGAGCUACCCUUGACCCUGGGAGCGUCCGCAAUGCGAAGUGGCCGGGAAGAGGCGUGGUCCCCGUGGAGGAGGCUCCCUUUUCCCCCAAAGAUGCGUGGGUCCGAGGGCGGCAGCAGCGUCCCGAGUCAGAGGUACGAAGUUCAGUCCGAACCUCCAGGCGUCCAGUUGUCCCGGGCGCCCGCGGACGGUGCGACCAAACGGGGGAGGGGGCCCGAGGGGCGUGACAGCACAUGCAAAUCUUUGGGCAGGGGGCGGAGCCAGGCUCGCUAAGUGCCCAAAGGAGGCGGGGCUGCACAUGCAAAUCAGACAGGGGCGGAGCCAGGCUCGCGGAGGCCCAGAGGAGGCGGGACUGUACAUGCAAAUCAUUGGGCGGGGGGCGGAGCCAGGCUCGCUGACACCGAGGAGGCGGGACUGCACAUGCAAAUUACUAGGGCCAGGGGUGGGACCACAGUGUAAAUCGCCUGGCGGCGGAGGGCGGCCCCACUGGGGGCGUCGCCGGACGUGUAAAUUUCUCGGCUGGGGGCGGGGCCAGGUUCUCUAAGGUGUCUGAGCGGCGCGGCCGCAACGGUAAAGCACUUGGACUGGGGGCGGGGCCCCGCCAGUCAAUCGCUUGGCGGGGGAGCUGGCAGGGUCAGAUUCCCGGAGGACUCCGCGGAGGGCGGUCCCGGGAUCGGGCCGGAGUCCUCGCGAGCGCGGGCGUGGUUCCCCGGUCGGGGCGUGGCCGGGGCGCCGGCGGGUGAAGCCACAGCGGGUCCCGGCAGACCUGUCCCGGCAGGCAGACCCGUCCCCGGCGCUAGACGGCCUAGGCCGGGGGCGCGCCAGCCACACCCCGGCUCUCAUGGCGGCGGCCGGAGCGCCGGAGUCGCCCCUGGAGGUCCCUGCUGCGGAGCCCCCGCCGCCGCCGGCCUGCCGCUUCUUCCUGGAGGGCCGUUGCCGCUUCGGUGCCCGCUGCCACCAGCCCCACCCCGGGGCGCCGGCGCGGCCUAACGAUGAGCCCGAGCCCGAACCCGGGGCCAAGAAGCCGCCGCUGCGCACGGCCGCGGCCGUCAUCCAGCGCAUCCGCUGGGACCCGCGCCUCGACCCGGCUGACUUCUCGGUGGGCUACGUCGACCGCUUUCUGGGCGUGCGCGAGGAGCCCUUCAGCGCCUUCUGCUGGGACGAGCCGCUGGCGGCGCUCGGGCCGGGCGUGCUGGCAGUGCCGCAGCACCGCGUGCGCUACUUCCGCUUCCGCGGCCGCGUCGUGUGGGACCGCGCCUCGCGCACCGACCACGUCUUUGGCUCGGGCUCGGCGGCGGGUCGUGGGCCCACCAUCCUGGAUGUGCUUGACAGCGGGGACGCGCCGGACGGCGGGGACGCGCGCGGGACUGGAGAUGUGCACGCCGGGGAAGCUAGGGCCGAGGAUGCACAUCGGACCGCAGAGGCGCAGGACCGCCUAGCUGCGGGCCCGGCUGGCGCUCCGGCAGGAGAGCAAGGAGAGUGGGACACGACGGAACUCGAGGAUACUUUUGCCCGCGAGAGGGGAGGCUCGGAGGCCCAGCACCUGGAGGUGGUAGGGACAUCUGCGAAGGCCCAGAAGCAAGAGCUGGGAGGGGCUGGAGGCCAGGCUGCCCCGUGGACGGAGCCAGAAAAACGUUUAAAACCAGCCAGUGCCCUCGGCAGGACUGCAGAGCCACAGGCCACGGCAGCCCCAGAGCGGACCCUAGAAGGUUUUCCUGAUAAGGCAGCAGAGUGGGGUCUCGGGGCCUGGCCCCUAGACAGGAGAGAGAACACUGUGGCCAGGGCUGAGACCCCUCGCCAGCCCCGGCCAACACAUUUUGUGGCCCUCAUGGUGACGGAGCCCGGGCUGCAGGCAGGAGUAGCCAAGGCCCAGGAAGAGAUGGUCCGAACUGCGCCAUCAUGUGCUGCGUUCACGGUGCCUGCGCAGGCCCUGCACCUGACACUGGCCCUGCUGCGGCUGGUGGGCCCCGGGGAGGUGGAGGCUGCGGUCAGCACCCUAAGACGCGUGCUCUCGGCCCCGGGGCUUCAGGCACCCCCUCGGCUAAGCUUUACACGCCUGGUGCUCCUGGGCCACCAUGUGCUCUGUGCCCCCCCUUCUCCUUCCCUGGCAAGCAUGGCCCAAGUGCUGGGACAGAGGCUGGAGGCCGAGGGGCUCAGAGUGCUAAAGCCCCCGGGAGGGCUGGACCCCCACCUCACCCUGGCCAAGGUACCCCAGGGUUCCGAAGUGUGCCUUCCUGUGCCUGGGUUCAGCCCUGGGCAGGAGCUGGGGAGCCAGCCCCUGGGGAAACUCUGGCUGUGCAGCAUGGGGAGGACAGGCGGCACCUACCAGUCCCUAGCUGAGAUCCCCUUGGGGUGACAGUCCCAGACCUCUGGGGAAGAUAAAUUGGAUCUCAGCCCCAAAAGAAAUCACGGCCAGGACCCAAAGCACCUGACAGAGGAGAUCCAGUCCAAGCAGGAGGGACAAACGGUGUUCUCUCUCUCUCUCUCUCUUUAAUUUUGGUUUCUCUCAAGCUUCCAAAUGGUGCUCAGUGCUCCAAGGAAAGAACGAAGGAAGGAAAGGGGAGGGGAAAGGAAGGGGAGGGGAGGCAGAGAAGGAACAUCUGGAAAAAAAGCAGCCUGACAGUCCAGCUGUUUGCAAACUCAUUGCACAUCCUCCAGUUACAUGGCAGAAGAGGGAGGGAGGACGGAAAA